AUGACUUGGAAUGAAUUCUUAGGGGAAUUCAAUGCUAAGUACUAUGAUACUGUAGGUCUCCGAGCUCAACAAAAUGAAUUCAAUAAUUUGAAGCAAGGUGAUAUGACUGUUAUGGAGGCUCUCACCCAGUUUGUAGAGGAAGUAACGAAAUUAGAAGAAACUUUGGCUAUAGAACGAGAGGAGCAGGAACGACGCGUUAGUGAGCGUCGAAUGGAGUUUGAAUGUUCCACUGACCCACUAGAAGCUGAGGAGUGGUUAACUUCACUCCAAACGAUUCUGGAUUUCAUGAAUCUAACGGAGCAAGAAAAAGUUCUCUGUGCUUCGUAUGUGUUAAAGAAAGAUGCCCGCUACUGGUGGGAGACAGUGGUAAUAAGAAGGAAUGUAGCAAUGAUGACUUGGAAUGAAUUCUUAGGGGAAUUCAAUGCUAAGUACUAUGAUACUGUAGGUCUCCGAGCUCAACAAAAUGAAUUCAAUAAUUUGAAGCAAGGUGAUAUGACUGUUAUGGAGGCUAGUCGUAAGUUCGAUCGAUUGGCAAGGCUAUGCCCUCAGCUAGUGCCAACAGAAAUGGAAAGGGUGUGA